AAAAAGAAGGAAAAUGCAAUAAGUAAAAAAAAAACCGCGGCUGCUCAAGUACCAAAACCCGGGAGAUUGUUUCUACGUUGGGUUGGUUUGCUGAAUUGAUUUGUCCAGCGAUUACGAGAGAUAUCCAAACUCAUUCGAGGGCAAACGUAUAUUCCCCCACAAAAAAAAAAAAUUCUGCUCUGAUUCGAUCGAAUUGUUUUGAUUUCUAUUCAAUUUGUCGAAAUUGAACCAAAAUUACUUUUUUUUUUUCGUUUUCACUUUCUGGGUUUCGACUUUUGUCUUUUGUGUCGGCUUUGGAGUCCUUGAUCGGAUUUCUAAAUUCGAUCAAGCUUAGGGCAAACUCUUUAGGUGUAUUUGCUUGGGCCUCUGUACUGUUUCGUGGAUUGGUCGUAGCUAAGAGUUUUGUGUUUUUGUUGUUGUUGGUUGUGCUCUAAUUUGGGGAUUGGAAUGUUAGAAAGGGACUAGGGUUUGGUGGUGUGGAAGAGAAUAAUGGAGGAGUCUGAGCUUGAAGAAGGAGAGGCUUGCUCUUACAAUACUACUAAUGACUUUGGUGCAAGCAUCGACCCUGACAACGAUCUCUCUUACAUUGAUGAAAAGCUUCAAAACAUACUUGGACAUUUCAAGAAAGAUUUCGAGGGCGAUUUUUCAGCUGAGAAUCUUGGGGCGAAAUUUGGUGGUUAUGGCUCUUUCUUGCCAACUUAUCAACGCUCUCCUCUUUGGUCUUAUCCAAAGGCACCUGCAAAACCUCAGAGUUCUGCAGGGGCUAGAUCUCCCAACAUCUUACUAGGGGAGUCCCAGAGUGGUAAUGCAGCUUCGUCUACUGUUCCUAAAAAGGCAAAACCUGGGUUUGCUUCAUCUAGAAUCCCCAAAAAAUCAAUGAAAUCCAAGAAACCCAACUCCAGUUCCAGACAGGAAUCUGCAACCAAGAAACCUGGUGUCUUCAGUAGACAAAACUCUCUUAAGCUCCGGAUAAAGAUGGGAUCAGAUAAUUUAUCUACAGACAAUAAUGCUGCCGCGAUAUAUAGUGGCCUCGGACUUGAUCUGUCGCCUUCUUUGUCAUCAGAUAAUAAUAAUAAUAGUCUUUCAGGUAGUGAAGGGAUGAAUGAGGAACCUCAAGGUUCUUCUCCGUUGGAGUCUCCCACCUGUAUCCUUAAUGUAAUGACUUCCAUUCCCCUGGAUCAUUGCCAGUUGCUAUCUCCUCUCUCUGGUUAUCUGAUUCGAUUCAUCGAAAGGGAAACCCCCCAAAACGGAUAUAAGUAUACAUCUCCCUCUAGGCUUUUCACCGAGGGUUCUUCUGCUAUGGCGAAAGGUGUGGAAACUCAAAAAGCUGGGGAGAAACAAUCAGUAGAGAAGAAAAAAAAGAUGGUGGAGAGGAACACAUUUUCUGCGGAGACAAAUGUCCGCAGUAAGAAGGGUGUGUUAGAUGGAAUUGAUACAAACACAUCAUAUCCUACUGCUGCGGAGAACAAGGAAACAGCGAGUAGUAAAUUAUUUGAUGUGUCCAAGGAAAACCACAGUGGCAGUGUCAAGGGGGAAAUGGCGGGUGACGUGGACAGAAGAAUAUGGGAUCUAACUCGUCAUAAAGAUCCAAAGACUAAUGAUGAUGCUUCAGGAUACUCGAGGAAAGUUGGCAUACACAAAGGAGGCAAAGCUCCUGAUUUAGUCAGAAAAGAAAUUAGCGAGACAAAGGUGAAAAGUAGUCAUAAGUUGGAGCCAGAUAGCUCUUCGAGAAAGCAGAAGUCUGAUCAUAUAGAACAGGAGCCGCAGUCGUCAUCGAAGUUUAAGGAACAUAAAAGCUCUAAGAUGAAUGGUCAAGCUGAGAAGAAGAAGAAAGUGGCAUCGUUGAAACCAAAAAAUGAUGGCAGAAAAACUGAAGACACUUACAAGGACUUUUUUGGGGAUAUGGAGGACUCUGAAGAAGAAGAGCAACAGAAAUGUUCGCUGGAUGUAACAGAAAAGGGACUUCCGGCCUUGGAAGAUAUGCCUGAAAAGUCGAGCUUCACACGAGCAGAAUCUCAAAACGUUGGUCCUGGACCGGUAUUGAGCAAACCUGGUUCGGAUCCUUCCCUUCCGAAAGCGAAUCCCGUGAUCAUACAAGACAAUUGGGUUGCUUGUGACAAGUGUGGAAAGUGGCGGCUUCUUCCUUACGGUGUCUUACCAGAAGACCUUCCUAAGAAAUGGAUGUGCACAAUGCUUAAUUGGCUACCUGGUGCAAACGAUUGCAAUGUUCCUGAAGAUGAUACAACAAAUGCUCUGUAUGCGAUGUAUCAGAUUCCUCCACCUGACAGCCAAGCUGCAAUGCAGAGUAGUAAUCCCAGUGGCCUCAAACCUCAGUUUAAUCAGGGCGAUGACAACACAAAAAAGAACAAAAAGGGUUUCAGAAAGAUAGACAAUGGAAUGGAUAGAGAUGUUUCUCGAACUGCAGAAACUAACAAGAAGACAAUCCUUACAUCAGCAAGAAAUGGAAACGUGCACAAUUCGCAAGGACUCAGUGACCUGGCGGUCGACGAAGAGAGGCAUAAACAUAAACAGAAAGUGAAAGGAAAGGCCGUAGAUCACUUUUCUGACGAGUCAAGGGGCUUGAAGGUGAAUAAUAACAAAAGGAAGGCAGAUCAAGAGAGCUCAAUGCUGGCCAAGAAAAUGAAGAUUGAAAGUUUUCUGUUUCCUGAUGAAUCUGAGCACUGCAAUGUACGUCCUACCUCGAGUAGUGGUGUCCCUGCGCCGUCAGCAGAGAAGAAUUCAAAGCCUCGAGUCACCUCUAAAAUGCGAAAAGAGGAAGGAGGAGCUUCGGACACGGGAAAUAGCAACAGCACUGGGGGGAGUAGAAAGAGGAAACUGAAAGAAAGCCAUGGUUCUCGGUUGUAUGGUGAGGACGGAAACCAUGAGCGAAAGAAAGGUCGAGUUAUUAAAGAAGAAAAGGAGCCAAGUUUUUCUCAUGGAAAUGUAAAGAAAAACACAAGUCACUCGAAAAGAGAGUACGGACAUGUUGCAGCCACGUCAAGUUCUUCUAAGAUUUCCGAUUCUCAUAAACCGAGAAACAGCUCCCACGAAGCUAAAUGUUCGCCUGUUGCGUCGGUGACGUCCUCACCUAUGAGGAUUUCCAACUUGGGGAAAAGCGUAUCUGCGAGAAAGAAAGAAGAAUCUUCUGUAGCUAGUAUAAGAAGAUUCUCUGAUGGUGAAGGUGAAGAUGAUGGUGGGAGUGAUAGAUCGCAAACGCGGACAAAGAACAAACAUGGAUCAAAUGAAUCUUCUGUGCUUGAUGUUUGGGAUAAUAAAGGAUCUUUGAAAGCCACAGAGCGUGCUGAACCUUCGCUAGAUACUAAUUUUGAGAAUGGUGGCUACAAGAAGAUUCAUGGUGAAGUAAAGCAGCCUAGCGAUCAUCUUCGUCAUAGCAAUGAUUCUUUGGUGAAGAAGUCGGGAAAAGGCUUAUCUUCUCGGUCCAAAGACAAGAGCAUUGUUUCUUCUGAUUCACGGGACGGUCCGAGACAAAUUGAUAAGAAGAAGAUACACCAUGGUAGUCCUGACAGUAGAGUAGAUAUGGUCGUGAGACCAAACAUUCCAAAACCUUAUGACGUUGAAAGGAGUAAUAAGGCAGAUUUAGCUUCUUCUCCAUCACGGCCACCAUCUAGAGGUGUCCAAGGGGAUUCCCCUAUAGUGUCUGCCCGUAAAAAGGUCGAUGGCACUUCAGCUGGGGAUAAUAGUACACAAGUUGAUGAUGUUACAAAGGCAUCAACCCAAAUAAGAAGUAGAAACGAGCCUUCUCCAAGCCCCUUGCGAAAGGAAGUAAUAUCUGUGCAAGCUGGCCAUAAUAUUUUAAAAGAAGCUAAAGACUUAAAACACACGGCUGAUCGCCUCAAGGACUCUGUGUCAAACCUUGAGUUCAUUGAGCUCUACUUCCAGGCUUGCCUCAAGUUCCUUCACGGUGCUUUUGUCUUGGAAAUGAGCAGCAACGAGAGUGCUAGACAAGGAGAGACAAUGAGCCACUCUGUGCAGAUCUAUAUUAGCACAGCCAAUCUAUGCGGAUUUUGUGCCCAAGAGUAUGAGAAGUGUAAAGAUAUGGGAGCGGCUGCGCUGGCUUACAAAUGCAUGGAAGCCGCGUAUAUGAGGGUGGUCAAUUCCUCUUACAUGAGUGUUAGUAGAUAUCGAAAUGAAUUGCAGACUUCUUUGCAAAUGGUUCCUCCAGGUGAGUCUCCUUCGUCUUCUGCCUCGGACGUUGAUAACGUGAACCAUCCAGCAGGUGCAGAUAAAGUUGGAAACUCAAGGGGCAUCAGCUCUCCUUUAGUUGCUGGGAACCACCAAGUCAUUUCUGCGCAAAACCGCUUCAAUAUUUUACGUCUACUUCAAUUCGCUCAGAAUGUAAAUCUGGGAAUGGAUGCCUCGAGGAAAUCACGAUUGGCGUUGGCAGCUUCUAUUGAAAACUUGGGGGAGGCCCAACAACAAGGAGAGGGAAUUCUAUCCAUUAGAAGCGCCCUUGAUUAUAACUUCCAAGACUUGGAGGGUUUGCUACGUUUAGUGAAGCUUGCAAUGAAGGCCAAUAACCGGUGAAAGAACAGCUAAAAAAACAAGAAGAGGCAAAAACACUGAUGGUGAAAGGAAUCAUCUGUUGCGUUUCGGCUCCCCGUGCGUUUUCACUUUGGAUCCCAUAAAAUCAUUUUGUACAAAAAUCCGAGAGGAGUUUCACUGACAGAGAGUCUGCUAUGAGGAGGUUUCUGAUAAACGUCACAUUUGACUCCUUCAGAUACUUCCUUUCCAACUAAUCAUCCAAGAACAACGUAUGGAUUUUAUAUAGAGAGCAAAACCAACAUGUAACUUCUGGUACUGGAUUCUCUCCUUCACAAGACACAGAAAGCCGUUCCCCCAGUAUCAGUGUUGUCCUUUUUGUUUUUGUAGAUAAAGAAAAUAAAAAGUUACAAAUAGAGUUAUGCCGUCUGUCUAGCUGCUCUGCCGGAGGAGCUUUCUGGGGUUUACCGAUCUGAUGAUAUUCGGGUGCAGUUUUCCGGCAAAGUUUUGAAACAGACUUUGGUUCCUUGCUUUAACCAUAGAUGUUUGUUCGUUUCUUUAUAAAAAACUGAAAUCCCUGCCUUGUCUGGUUGGUUGGAGUGGCCUUAAUGUAUAAACUGUACAUUUGUUCACCAAAGAUGAUAGAAAUUAUCUUUUGAGUUCU